AUGUAUCACCACCACCAUGCGUUCCAGGGAAGAAAGCUUACAGAACAAGAACGUGCCAGAGUACUGGAGUUCCAGGAAUCAAUUCAUUACUCGCCACGUUACUCGGAUGACACCCACGAAUACAGGCAUGUAAUGCUGCCCAAGGCUAUGCUGAAAGUGAUUCCAUCGGACUAUUUCAACUCAGAGACCGGAACUUUGCGCAUAUUGACAGAAGACGAGUGGAGAGGCCUUGGAGUGACCCAAUCGCUGGGCUGGGAACAUUACGAGUGUCAUGCUCCGGAGCCGCAUAUCCUACUAUUCAAGAGACCUCUCAACUACGAGGCGGAACUCAGGGCCGCCGCCGCAGCAGUAGUGGCACAGCAACAGGAGCAGCAGCAACCCGAGACCCAGGUCGGCGUUCAAUAA